AAACUGUGAUAUAGAAAGAUGAAGAAGUGCCAUAAUCUGCUCGGCAGAAGUUUCACCAGACGUGAACAGAAGAUGGUGGGAACAGGGGCCUUGAUCACUUUCCUCCUUAUUGUUGUGAGCAUCUGCACCGUCUUUCAGGAAUGGGCUAAUCUCCCUUCUCCAUUGGAUAUUAUACGGUCUCCUGGAAUUGUUGAAGUGGCAAAGAAGAAUACCCUUGCAGAUGAUAAAUCCAAUGGUGAUACUAGAAGCUCUGGGCAGCAGCAACUAGUUGUGCAGCAUUCUUCUCGAAAGAAGCCAAAAAAGACGAAGAACCGCACACUAACAGGCAUCCCUAAAGAAACCACCACCAGCAUCGGCAUUGAUCGUGUCGAGCUAAAACAGAGGAAAAGAACGUUGUCCGCUAUGUGCAGGAAGGGUGGAAUUUCAGAAUUCUGUGACCUUAAAGGUGAUAUAAGGAUUGAUCCCAAUCCACCAAUUGUAUACUACGUUGUCCCAACUGAAGCGGCCGACAACAAUGUCACCUCGUCGUUGACGAUAAAGCCCUACGCACGAAAUGACAAUGCGGGUGCCAUGGAGUCAGUAAGGGAAUGGACAGUGAAAGUGGUGCCAAAAAACCAUCCAGAUUUGCCACAUUGCUCUCGAGUUCAUGAUUCUCCGGGAGUUAUCUUCUCCCUCGCAGGAUUUUGUGGCAAUGUGUUUCACUCUUUCUCGGAUGUUCUCAUCCCACUGUUCGCUACCGCACGCCCCUUUAAUCGCCAAGUGAAGCUUCUGAUAACGGACUAUCGGAAGUGGUUUAUUAACAAGUUCAUACCCAUACUACAAGCACUGUCCAGGUAUGAGAUGGUAGACAUUGAUGAUGUACAAGAAGAUGGAAAGAACAUCCAUUGCUUCUCAAGGCUAACACUAGGCCUAAAAGGGCGGCAGAGUAAUGAACUCAGUAUCAACACAUCAGAAUCCGAGUUCACGAUCAUCGACUUCAAGAAGUUCUUGAGAAGUGCUUACUCAUUGAGGAAGACAACUGCCAUCAAACUGCAAGAUGGAGGGAAGAAGUUGGCGCCGGUGCUCUUGAUCAUUACUCGGAGAAGGACUCGAGCGCUGAGAAAUGUCGAGGAGGUCGAGAGGAUGGCUGUACAGCUCGGGUUCAAUGUGACGAUUGCAGAAAUUGAUGCGAAUGUGUCGAAGUCGGCAGAGGUUAUAAAUUCGUGCGAUGUGGUUCUGGGAGUUCAUGGAGCUGCUCUGACGAACAUGGUGUUUCUCCCCGAGAACGCGGUUCAGAUCCAAGUUGUUCCGUUUGAUACAGAUUGGAUUGCGAAGAAUGCUUACGGGGAUCCGACCAAGGACAUGGGAGUAAGGUACUUGGAGUACAAGAUUGGGAUUGAAGAGAGCAGUUUGUCGAAGAAGUAUCCACCUGAUCAUGCUGUUUUGACCAACCCAAAAUUGUUUGUUAAGCAAGGUUGGAAGGCAUGGAGCUCCAUUUACAUGGACAAUCAGAAUGUAACGCUUGAUAUGAAUAGGUUUAAACCCACUCUGUUGAAAGCUUUAGAGCUUCUGCACCAGUAACUUAUUCAAAGGCCCUUGGACUUUGAAUAUUUAUGAAGCUAAUUAUUAUUGUUAAGGGUUUAUUUGAAUCCUUGAAUUAAGCCAAGUAAAUAAUUUUGGAGGUUACUGAAACCCCAAGUUGAUUCACCUCCUUAGUAAGAUAUCUCAUGCCUUGAUGGGAAGAGUUAGAGUGCUAACUCCAUAGGGGUUAUACCGUACUAACCACUCUAAUCAUUGUUUAUUAGUUUUAAGUAAAUUUGGUGGUGGGAAUUAAUAAAGGAUAUGUUCGGUAUCUCAUGAAAUUAAAUUUAAUAAAUAAAUUAAAAUUUA